AUGGGCCUACAGCUAAUGUGUUUUUUGGCUAUUGCGGCGCUACUUCAAGUCGUAUCUGGCUCAGCUCUCCAUGAAGUUGAGAACUGCACCAACCACAACCUGGAGAUCAUUGGCGGUCACAAGGUGUCCGUUGAAGACGUCCCGUUCAUGGUGGCGUUGUACUACAAGCCUGAAGGUGGAGAAUACGAGGCGUUCUGCGGUGGUUCCAUCAUCCAUGAGCGCUUCGUGCUGACUGCCGCUCAUUGCCCUGACUUUAUCGACUUGAUACCGCAAGGAAACGCUACAAAAAGAGUCCUCAUCGGCUCAGACCGUCUAAACACCGGUGGCGUCUUCAUUGAUGUGGAAGAGCAGUUCAUCCAUCAGGACUUCAGCUUUCUUAACGUCACCAUAGAGAACGACAUCUGCCUCAUGAAGCUCAAGGAACCAGUACCGUUUGGGUGCAAGGUAGCGAAAGCUAAGCUCCCCGAUAAAGAUUACACAUUGGAACAGGGUACGCUGGUCAACGUUACGGGAUGGGGUGAUAUCGGAAAUAAUAGCACGGAAAUGGAGAAUGAGCUGCGCCAGACUACAGUACCGAUCGUGUCUAACGAAUGCUGUCAGAAAGACUAUGAGGAGCUUACUGAAAAGCAUAUGUGUGCUGGAUCAAAAGGCCACGAUUCUUGCCAGGGUGACAGCGGAGGUCCUUUGACCUAUAAAGGCGUGCAAGUCGGCGUGGUUUCAUUCGGCGAACUUUGCGCCAUCUACCCUGGAGUAUACACCAGGGUGUCUGAGUACCUGGACUGGAUCAAUACAACCAUUGAGAAGAACUUGUGAACCAAAUAA